UUUACAUCCGCAUUGUCAUAUAUAAACUCUUCUAGGAAAUAUUACAUGCGUUUAUUUUGGUCAAAGCCUCAUUUACCAAAAACAGGGAGUUGUGCUGAUGAUCAGCUGACGUCCAUUACCUUAUGAUGACAGGCGAGGUUGCGCAGAACCAGGUAAGGUAGAGAAAUCGUCACCAAUUUACACGGACGAAUCAGCGCACGCGAAUUAGAGCAGUAUUUUUAGUAAGCUGUCCCUCCAGCUAAGCGUUAUUCUACCCUAAGGUUCUCAUCAGACAACAUGAUAGUAACAGCUGUUUUGGGAUGCCUACUUUUAACAGUGGCCAAUGCAUUACCACAAUAUAGGGAUCGGAUUUUAAAUGGACACGCAGUACCCAACCCAUGUUGCCAGGGGAGUAUGUGGGGUCGAGUUGGACACAUGAGCCCCUCAUCUACAGAGCUCAACGGUUUUGGAAGAGACUUUGCCAGCAGUGGUCAUAUGUUUACCGAGCAGCUGUGUAUGGCGGAUUCUGACGGGGACGGUGUUCGAAAUGGUCAGGAACUGGGUCUGGUAACCACCGACUACACUCUGCGGACCCUCUGUAACUUCCUCUCCCAGUACAGGAUGAACCCCCGAGUGAUCACCUUCCUCCGAUACAGAGGAAUUCUUAGAAACCCCACCAGUCACCCAGGUAUCUGUGAUCAAAGAGGACAGUUUUCCACGUGUCAACCCCCUCCUAAUUGUGGAUGUUAACUUAUUUAUACCACGUGGUCCCGGAGGAAAAAAAAACCCAGACUGUUCCUUUAUGUAAUGGCUGUACAUGCAUGUAUAUAUAAAACAGGGUAUCGUGUUA